AUGCUUGUUUUGGUAAUGUGCAUACAGGAAUUCAGACAUACCGCCUGGCUGCAUUAUUAGGCAUCAGUAUUCAAUUCACUGUUUUUAACUUCAAGCUGAAAAAUCUUCAUGUAAAGUGCAGAAACUGUUUUCUCAAUGCUCAGAAGUGAUUUUUUUUUUUUUGUUCAAAUUUGAGCUUUGGUUUAUUUUGCCUUUAGUUCUGGUCCUCCAAUCGUGUCCCGCCAGUAGGGGGCAGACUAUAUCAUGUCCCCACAGCUGAGGUCUACAUUAAGGACUGCUUCCGCUCCUGGCCUUCCUCUUUUCCUCUGCAUCGGGUCGGAGCCAUGGUAUGAAACCAUCACACGAAACAAUUUUCCAGAAUCAAACUCAAUCUUGCCCAUUGAAGACUUAAUACUGUGUCUUUUUAACUCAGAUUAGUAUAACACGAUCUAAUCCACGCUGUUGCCGCAUUAUUGUCUGUCUUUUGUUUGUUUUUCGCUGUUAGAUUGACCCGAAAUUGUACCUGAUGUGUUAGCAUUGAAACGCCGCUGGUAGCCGCGCUGACAUUACAGUCGGCCUCUUUCAGGAGGAAUAACUCAGACUUGAUAUUUUAUAGUCUUUCUAUUCGUGAAGAGAAGGUUUCUGUCUGUGUUGGGACUUUAAAGUAUUCACGCCAAAUGUCUUUCACCAUUUGUUCGUGAUAAUGUUAACAUGCUAGCUGUGUUGCUAACGUACGCUUCCUAUACCCUCGCAGCAGUGUAGUGAAGAAGCUCGACACUAGAAUCUCGUGAUUGUCCCUUAAGUUUGUCAAUUGAUUCAGUUUAUUAUGAAAAUGUAUAACUUUGCAAUCUGUCGAUGUUUUGACAUAGAUAUAUUUUAUAGUGAGUGAAAGUUCUAAGACUAUAGUACAUCCUCACAUUGACACACGUCGAUAGUGGCCUGAAGUUUAUGGCCUGUCUUUAGUUAUUAGGAUUAUUCUCGGUUCUGUCAGGCUGGUUUUCAACGAUAUACGUCCAGAUGUUAGAGACUGUUUUCAUGGUGCAAUCUCCUUGUUUUCUAGGUGAACGUCCCGAAGACCCGCAGGACUUACUGCAAGAAGUGCAAGAAGCACCAACCCCACAAAGUAACCCAGUACAAGAAGGGAAAGGAUUCCCUCUAUGCUCAGGGUAAAUACUUCUAUACUUAUAUCAGCCGUAGCAUUAUGAUCAUUUACAGGGGGAGGAAAUAGCAUUGAUAAUCAAUGCACAAUGAAAUGUUUAAGUUGAUGGGCUGAUGUGUUUGAAGCAGGUCAAUCUGGGAUUUUGUCAAUGGCCAAACUGUGAUGUCAGUACUUAGCAAAAGUGGUCCAAAGAUAGAACAGUGACCCCCAAUUUCCUUUGCAUCUGGAACAUCUAUGAAAAGGCCAUAUCUGCCGAUCGCAGCUGAUCAGAACCAUUCAAGUUAAUGUGUCAAUCUCCACCGGCUUCUGGGUGGAAAUUGGGCGGAGACAAAAGUGAGGUUUUUAGACAGCAUUCCACCAGGAUGACACCAUGGAUGAGGAGAUGCUGAUUUUAGAAGCCAAGAGGUGGUUUUCCUCCAAUCUACUGCCUAUAUGGUUAGCCUCUGCGGCUAAGAGACAACUUUUUAUCACACGAUUGCACGUGAAUCUGCGGGUUGUUGUGAGUUCUCGCGAUAAUCGCUGUCCGCUAUCUGCCAUGAAAUUCAUCUCACCAACAGAUCUGGUAGGAAUUGGCGGACAGCAGAAAUUGCUGUCGUUCUGGAUCUGAGCUGUUCCUGAUGCAGUGAAAAUUUGGGGUGACGUGGGCAGUCAAAGUUGUCCUAAAGUCUUCGUCAUUUAGGAAAGCUUUUGGACCAUAAACUGCUGAAAAAUUGACCGCUGGUUCUGCUAUAAAAUUUUUAAAAUACAUAGUGCACCUCUGUUGCACGAAGGGAUACCUAGUCCUAGAUUUGUUAGGGGGCCCAUGCAUGACCUCUUACUAUUACCUUGGUGGUUUCCAAAUUCCCAGAUCUCAGUCCAGUUGAGCAUCAGUGGAAUUUACUUGAUAAUUAAGUCUGAUCCAUGGGGAGCCCACCAUCUAACUUCCAGGACUUGAAGGAUUUGCUUUUAAUGUGGUUGUGCCAAAUAUCUCAGCUCACCUUUAGAUUUGUAUUUUGAGUUAAUACAGUGUUCAUACGUGUUUGUGCUGAUAUAAGAAGCUGUAAAGAUGACUGGCAGCUGAUCCAUUGGUGAUUUGGUGACACUCAUCACAAGUGAACACUGCAAAAAAAAAACUUGAGGGUAAUGGGAUUUUGCUCUUGUCAAGUGUGGGCUGCUUUGGUCCGGAGUUGAUGGGAGCAGGGUCUUCACUAUAUCAGGAAAUGGUCCUAUUGUCAUGGCUCAUCACUGUAUACUGUAUGCAAAGCAGAUUUUAACAAACCAAAUUGUGUGUCUUGCAGGUAAGAGGAGAUACGACAGGAAGCAGAGUGGGUAUGGUGGUCAGACUAAGCCCAUUUUUAGAAAAAAGGUACGACCAGUCCUAAAUUUGAUCAUUUUUAUGGAAAGUAGUGCACCUCUGUGCUUUAUGUUAAAUAAAAGAGAAUGUAGUCUUAAGUCAAUGAACUGCUGUGUUACAGGCUAAGACAACAAAGAAGAUCGUGUUGAGGCUUGAGUGUGUGGAGCCCAACUGCAGAUCCAAGAGAAUGCUGGCCAUCAAGAGAUGCAAGCACUUCGAGUUGGGUGGUGACAAGAAGAGAAAGGUAGGUGUCUUUCUUUUUCAUCUUUGUUUUCAACUCUACUACCGUGCUGGGUGCUUUUAUUCCCUUUCUAAAGGCUGGCUGAAUUGUACAGCUUGGAGUCUUAGGUCAAUGUGAACAGGAUGGCUGCAUAGACUCCCUGAAAGCUGUUUUUGACUGCACCUACUCUGUAAAUGAAAGUGUGUCUUCUGUUUUUUGAACAGUGUUUAUGCAGACACCAAUUCAACAGCCGUCCUUACAAAAGGAAACUGUCAUUUCAUGGCAAUGAAGACCUAAAUGUUGAUAAUACAACUCUUAUUUAUUGUACCUCAUUGAAUUAUGAUCAGUGGGCCAAAGGAUAGAAUUUUAACAGGCCUUUUUUAGGAUGUAGGAUGAGACAUUAAUAAUGAUUCAGACUGUUUGAGGACAAAAACGGCACAUUAAGUCACUAAAGAAAACUCUUACAAACAAAUACUGUGGAUCAGUAGAAUGUAGUCCACUGUGACUUUGUGUAUUCUAUUUUGCUGGUCUUUUUAUUUUGCAUAUGUCUGCAUAGUCAUGUAAUAUGAAACUUCUGUGUAUUAAGAAAUCACAGAGUAGUAUAUUGGUUCAGUUGACAAAUCCAGUCGCAUGGUUGAUUUUAUCAAGCCAAUACUGUAUUCACAUAGAAAUGAUUCUUUAGACUGAUUAAUAGUGAUUAAUUGCUCAUCCUUAUUAAAAAACAAACCGUUUUUUUUUUAAAUAUAACGUUAGUUUUAGAGUUAUAACAGAACUUUGCAGACUAUUUGAAGUUAAAAUUUUGCCUAACAGGAAGCAGGAUAUGGCAUGAAAAGCACACUGCAGAAGCUGAAGUGUAACGUUAACAUGAUUGCUGGCAAAGCAAUAGACCAAAUGUAUAUUUUCAUGCAAACUAACAAAUGAGCAGGCAUCUUGACUGUUGUUGUAAAAGUGAUCCAACUUGAACUACUUUUUGUUUAGCGUAGGUCUCAUCAUAUUUAUCAUUAUGGAACAUCCUUCUCAAACUAUUGCUUGACCAUUAUUUCAGAAAACCCAGACAGUACCGCAGAAGUCUGAAAGAAAAAGUAGUUACUGCAGGUUUCAUUGAUAUGUUCUCGCUCUGUUGAAUACUGAUGUUUGCCAUUAGGAUGAUAAUUGUGUUUCCAGUGUAGAAGCAGUUGUCGUAUUGCUGACUCCUCUUAACCCACCCUGCAGUGUAUCAUACCUCCAGAGUAAAUACAGUAUAAAAUAGUAAUUGUGCUUGAAUGUCAUUUUAACUGGUGUCUGUCUGUUUCUUACAGGGCCAGGUCAUCCAGUUCUAA